AUAGAUGCAAGUAAUGGAUUCAGUAUUGAAUAUUUUGACACUUACAAAGUGCUUCAUAAUUUAAUCACCAAUGAGAAAUAUGCCCUUGUCUGCUGUAAUAAUUCCUUGGCCAAUUUCACCUCUGGCUAUCAUGCUGUUGUGAAUACCCCACUGAAUAAUGUAGGCGUUGAUAAUGAAUUGAAUUCACUUCCGUUUUUCGAGCUAUUGACCCUGAGCGACAAGGUGUUAUCUGCUAGACCAAGCAUCAAUGUCACCUCUCCUUGCUUUGAUGGAAUAACAGAUGGGCCUAAUUCAACCACCACAACGAUCGACGCCAUCUUUACAAGCCAGGCAAAUAACGGCGUGGUAGGAAUGGGUACUCAAUAUAUCAGUGUUUCUGCCGACAGCUCUACUUUGACCCCUCUCCAGCAAUCAUCAUGGAUCAUUUUCAUUGCACACUUCUUUGAGUUGGAAAGUCGCGGAAUGAAACUGGUUACAUCCAACACCAACCAAUCGACGACCUUUAAAAAUGUAAAGGAUUUCCAACAGGCCCUGUCAACUGUGGACUUUGUAAUUGAUGAUACUCCUGCUGCCAACUUUAAAACAGAUUUCGUUUACGCUGAUUGGCUCAAUAAAGCAGGAUUAAAACCCAAUAACUCGGCAUCUUUCAUUGCACUGAAGCAGGUCUACCGUACUGACAACUUGAUUAAUAAGAAUGGGUAUUCAGAUUUCCCGGUCCGUGGCACGGCUAGAGCGGACCUGAUGAUCUCAGAUAUCAUUCACAUGGUUUACAGCACGUAUGAACCAUUGUACAACAUGACAUGGAUCCGUACUUUUGCUCAAUUGAAUAAGCCUGCUUUUGUAUCUAACACCAGUUAUCCCAGUUGCACUGAUCCUGUUGCCAGAAUUUCCAAGACAGAUGUCUGCAGUAUUGGCGCAUUCAAUCCUAACAGUAACUCAACAAACACACCUAAUCAAUCCACCGGUUAUGGCGUUCAUAAAAGUCUAUCCGCCGGUGCUAAAGCUGGUAUAGCAGUUGGUGUCAUUGCGGUCGUUGCUGGUUUGGCCAUGUUUGGUGUCUUCAAGUACAAAAGAAGAUCUUCGGUACCAAAGGAAGGAACCUUUGUUAAAAUGGACGACAUGUAA